CCAGGGAAUUCUUCCUCCAGUGCAGAUGGUAGUCAACACGAACGUAGAUCCGAUAUCCUGCCCGCCGAUCCUCCGACCCCGGUCACAAGGAAAUCUCGUGGUCGGAAGGUGCCCGUAAGCGAAGGAGACGUAUCUCCGGAUCCAACCAGGAAGAUCAAAUGCAAGAUGUGUGAUUGUUGGUUCUGCCGCGGAGAACACGUCAAGAGACAUAUCGCAACUCUCCACUCCAUUGCGAAACCAUACGCCUGCGGGUACCCCACUUGUAAUAAAACGUUCAGUCGACGUGACAACUGCAAGUAUCACUACGACGCUCACUUCAAGCCCAAGGGAAAGAAAAAGUCCGGACAAGGACUCAGAAAAUAA